AAGGUAUGUGUGGUAACACAGGUGGACUCGGGAAGAUGUGACGAGUUGUUUUUUUGUCGGAGAGAAAAGAUGGAGGCCUGCUUUCUGCGCUGGUUGCUUUUCGUCGCGCUGACAGCCUGGACGUUAGGAGACGACGGACAAGUGACUUUUGAGUCCGAGCUGUCGUCCAAACCCGCUCAGAAGUUGUCAAAGUAUGGCUGGUACGCCAACGUCAGGCUGCAGAGGUUCCACAUACCGGAGCAGACCGCCAUCGCUCGCUGGCUCUUCUCAGUCAAAAAGGGCCACAGCUUCAACUGUGGGCAGCACAAUGUCAGCAUCCACCUCCGAUGGGGCGCCCCUCCCGUCAUAAACCCAACAGAGACUGUGUUUCCAAAUGCGACGCUGUGGGGCCCCUCCUUGUCCCUGACUCUACCGGUAACCUCCCAGAGCUCCACGACCUUUAACCUCUCCGAUCCGGCCCCAGGGGACUGGUUUGUCGCUGCGCAUUUACCGGAGGACGACGGGCGCAUAGAGCAGAAGGGGUUCCCGUCCUGCUCCUAUUACUUCCAGCCCCAGCUGUCGGUCAGGAGAGCGGCGGACACGCCCAUUCUGUACCAGGGAACCGUCCUGACUCAAACCGCAGCCCCCGACAGACCCGCACGUCUCAAGUUGUUUGUGCCGGAGUUUACCUCGUCUCUCUCGGUUUCCGUGGCCGAGUGCUCGUCCGGCGAGGCGUCGGAGGGCGCGGGCUGCUCGCUGCUCCUCAGGCUGGGCUCGGCAACCCUGCAGCACGGCCAGACGGAGCUGAACUGCUCCGGCGUCAGCUGCUCCGCGUCCCUCUCUAGCCCUCCGUGGGACUCGUGGCUGCGGGUCGUUGUGGAGAGCAACCAAGUCAACCGAACUGUAACCUUCAGGGUUGGAUCCAACUACACAGUGGGAUGUAAGCCAAAGAGCGUAGGCCUCACAGCGGACGAUGACAUCACAAAGCUACUCGGCAAGAGCAGCGUCUCCAACGCCACGGCGACGGGGAACGGCUCGGCGCCGGCUCCUCCGGCGUCCGCGUGCGUGUGGAGCGUCCCCGUGCUCUACGAGGAGCUGGACGUUCUGUCGCUGCGGUACACCCCCGUCAACAGCUCCAACGUCAGCGUCACGGAAACGCACCCGACGCUGCUCACCUACCCGCUGCCCCCGCAGGCCACCGGGGGAACGCUCAACCUGCAGCUCACGCUCAAUUCUACUAAUGCAACUGUGGGGAAUAACAGCAUCGUGGCCUGUUUCUCUGCCUGGGCUCCAGUCCUCCAACUCAACCACUCUGAACCCUGCAGAACAGCUUUGUUUGGGGGAUACGCCGUCGGGAUCAAUGUCAGCGUCCCUAAAGCUGUGGUCAGGCUGCCUUUUCCUCAGUCCACAACAUGGUACCUCACCCUGCAGCUCCUUUGCAACAGCAGUGACUGCGGUAACGCCUCGGUGGUGUAUGUGGUCCCGGAGGUGUCCGUCAGCGCCUGUGUGGACGACUGCGGGCCGUAUGGUGAAUGUAGGCUGCUGAGAUCCUACACAUACCUGUACUCUGCCUGUGUUUGCUCUGCAGGCUGGAAAGGUUGGGGCUGCACCGACGGCUCCACCGCUCAGUCGUACGCCCGCCAGCUGACGGCAACCAUGUUGCUGACGCUCAGCAACCUGUUCUUCCUGCCCGCCAUCGUGGUCGCCAUCAGACGCUCCUACAUCACCGAGGCCUUCGUCUACCUCUUCACCAUGUCCUUCUCUACGUUCUACCACGCCUGCGACCAGCCAGGCGCUGUGGUCCUGUGCAUCAUGGACUACGACGCCCUGCAGUACUGUGACUUCCUCGGCUCCAUCUGCUCCAUCUGGGUCACCAUCCUCUGCAUGGCUCGCCUGGGAGACACAGCCAAAUACACUCUGUUUCUGCUCGGGGCCUUGCUCAUAGCCAUGUCAAUGCAGCUGGACCGCAAGGGCCUGUGGAACCUGCUGGGCCCCAUCCUCUGUGCCAUACUUCUCAUGGUCACUUCCUGGGUGUACAGGGGCGUCCGCCGGCGACACUGCUACCCGCCCUCCUGGCGCCGCUGGGUCUUCUACCUCCUGCCCGGAGCGCUGUGCGCCCUCAUCGGCGUGUGCCUGUACAUCUUCGCCGAGACGGAGAGCAACUACUACUACACGCACUCGCUGUGGCACAUCCUGGUGGCCAGCUGCGUGGUGUUCCUGCUGCCGCCGAGGGAGAAGGACCGGAAGGCGCUGGGCUGGAGCCGGGGCUUCAGCUGGAGCUGGAGGUGGAGCUGGAGGCCGCGGGUCUGGGUUCAGUUGGAAGAGUUUAAAACCCCAGAUGAAAUUUGAAAAAUUAUUUACUGCCAGGCAGCGUCAGAAUUCUGACAAUCACAUCUCAGUCUCAUGGCUGCAGAUCAGAACAACCUGGAUGAGGAAAACGAUGAAGAAAAUGUACGAAGAAAUCACAUUUACUGACUCUGUUAUUUGGGUAAGAUGGAAUCUUUCUGAACCUUCCGGAAAAGGCGAUUUAUGCCUUUGGUAAAUGCAGCAUCUUUUUUUAUUUUAUUUUACUUUAUUUUUGCUGUUGUAGACCUAAGAUAACAGAGGGCUCUUAUCUGAACUCAUGUAUCUUCAGUAAAAUAACUCAUGAAUUUUGAAUAAGAUUCUGGAGGCAGCCAUGACGCCUGGUUUCGACCUUGUAUGUGCCCCAGAUUUCUUUUAAAGACUUUUCAACGACUUUCAUUCGAUGACCUUUCACAUUUUAAUUGUAGUAGGUCACUCAUACAAAACCUGUCGAGGUCAGUGGUUCUCCUUGUUAUGCCUUUUUACUGCAAACUGUUUCUUUGUGAAGAAGAAAAUGCCUGCCCUUGUAGAGGCACAUGUCUCUGGUGACAUCACAAAAGACAUCCAAUCAGAGUUAUUUUCCUUAAAAAGGACAAAAAUUAUUAACUUGUUUUUAAUCCAGUUGGAGUCCAACUCAGCUGUGUGCCUGUAGCUAUGCAUCAAGCUAGAUAGCUAGCUAGCUAGAUGCAAAGCUUGCUCGCUAGCUAACUAGAUUUAGCUAGAUUUUACUGACUAAAUCUUUUUAGCUAGGAAAAAGAUUUAGAUAGCUUUUACUAGCUAAACCUUUCUAGCUAGUGAAAACAGUUAGCUAGAUUUUACUAACUAAAUCUUUUUAGCUUGUAAAACGAUUUGUUUUUUUUACUAGCAAAGUCUUCUAGCUUGCUAAAUCAGACUAGCGAGCUAAAUCAUACGGAAUUCAGUUUUUUUUAUUACCCAGCUUUGUUUUUAUUGUCGUGCGUAUUGAACAUAACCUGGUAGGAAUAUUCUGCUUUGAACGAAGCCUCUUUGUGGAAGUAAAAUGAAGAAAACGUUUUCUUUUCAAUAUACAGCCCAUAAAAUUACAACUCUAAGUUAAUAAGAUGUUUCUUUUUCACAGUUUCGGUGCAACAUGAAUCACUCAUAUAUGUAUAAAUCAACACUCAGUGAAUGUAUGCUAAGAUUACUGGCCAGUGCCUCUUCCUUUUGUCUUUUUUCUUUUUUUUAUUGCACUUUAUGUACUGCUCUCUCAGAGCAGAGCAGACAGAGGGGGCGGGGCUUAGUCUCUUGUACCAGUAAAGCUACUGAUAUCCUGCUAUAUUUAAUCCAAAACUCUAUAAUUGUCUCGCGUUUCUUUGAUCUAGUUUUUUCUUAAAAGCUUCCAUUUCUCUCUGUUGUGACUUUGCACACAUUUUCCCCCGAUUGUUCAAGACCUGCACAGCCUUCCUUUUAUUGCUUAGGUCGUUUCUUCAUAAAAUAUAACUUUGUCACUAAGACGCUGGAAUAUGAGGGAGGGGGGGAAAUAACUGACCACUGUGACUUACCGUGUUUUUUUUUUUGUUUGUUUAUUGGUUUUUCUCAUCAAGGGAUAGAAAAUGUGAUUCUGUUUCUUGUCAAAAUGGAAUCGAGCCUCGGAGAAAUAAAUCUACUGUGCAAGAAGAAAAGAUUAACCGUGUUUGUGUUUUUGCAAUUGUGAUUUUAGUCUGUUGGGGUUCUUUCUCUGCCACACACACACACACACACAUGCACACAUGGAGGAAAAUCCAGAUUUUCAGCAGUGAGAAGCCGGUGAAAAGAGGGAAGCAGAUUAUCGUAAUCCUCAGAAAUGUAGAAAGCAGUUCUGUUGAAAUGUUCAUAACUGUGUGUGUUGUGUUCCCAUAUAUAGCUCUCCUCCAUUAGGAAAUUGCAAUGGCCCUGAAAGGUUUACAGAUCAAACUGGCAGCUUUUCUGUAGCUGGAAUAUGAGAAGGCUAACACGCGUGUUAACUAGUUGGAAGCUUGCAUGUGUUGAGUGAGUGAAUUAGGAGUUUUGAAAGGCUGAGGGGGAAAUGGUUGCAUGCGUUAAUAACUCUACCUUAAGUUUUUAUUAUAUCUUUUUUUAUGUUAGUUCCUUUGAUGGUGU